AUGGUUUCAUACUGCCUGUCUGCCUGUCUAUCUAUCAAGCCCACUAUCUUAUUAUUUUUUAUCUAUCUAUCUAUCUAUCUAUCUAUCUAUCUAUCUAUCUAUCUAUCUAUCUAUCUAUCUAUCUCAGUUUUCUAUCUCAGUUUUCAAUAUCUCCCUGGACAUAUUAGUUAUCUCACGUAUUUCAAUCUUUUCUUGUUUAUCUAUCUAUCUAUCUAUCUAUCUAUCUAUCUAUCUAUCUAUCUAUUUUCAUCUCUUUUAUCUAUCUCUAUCUAUUUUCAACCCCUUUAUCUAUCUAUCUAUCUAUCUAUCUACAGCGCUUUUGUCUAUCUAUCUAUCUAUCUAUCUAUCUAUCUUCAGCGCUUUUGUCUAUCUAUCUAUCUAUCUAUCUAUCUAUCUAUCUAUCUAUCUAUCUCUGUCAGUCUUUUCAUUAUCUACCCGCAAACCUUAGUUUUCUUUCCUAUUUCACUCUUGUUAUCGAUCAAUUUACCUCACCCCUUUCAUAUCUAUCUAUCUAUCUAUCUAUCUAUCUAUUUUUGUGCAUGUAUAUCUGCGUAA